AUGGCUCUCGAGAGAUCUCCCAAUCAGAGGUGGCGGCGGCGUUCCAUUCCGCAGUUAAUGACGGCGCACGUUUUUUUAAUCUGUCUUAUUUUCCGAUCAAGCCUUUCCCCGGACUCUGGGGCCAAGCCGACCGUUUCCCCGCGGUUUCAGAGGAAAGUAGGCGAUACUACCACGGUAGCUGCUUGGAAGAUGAGCAGGAGGCGCCAUGAUGCCCGGUCACAGUCUGCGGACGGGACGGUCGGCCGGCUGCAACGGCGGCCGCUGAUGAUGAUUGAUGAUCUGCGCCUCUUCCACAACCCAGAGGACACAACGGUAGAAUAG